CCCUUGUGGUACAAGGAAUGUGUUAUUAAUGAAAAGACGGCUAGAGACCAGCAUGUAGAAGAGUGUUGUAGUCGUUUUAGUAGGAUUACAUUGUUGACUUAGAUAACAAACGAAUGAAGUGUUAACAGUCAACAAAUGAAGUGUUAGCCAUGAUGUGAGGAGUUGACUCUAGAAUCUAUAGCAAGUGACAAAUAACUCAACAAAGUGGAUUAAUGCAAAGGAGCUGUUGAUCUUUAAACUUGGUUUUAUUGUGAAAUUCUAAUUUUGAAGAAUUGAAUAGAACAUUGUAAAGUUCAAACACGAAGACUUAUUUGCACACAUGUCAAUACCUUGGAUUAUCGAAAACCUAUUUAGUGAAAUGUUGAUUUUUUUUCAAAAUUAAAUCAUAUUCCACUAACUGAACCAAUUGGUAUAGUAAAUCGUGAAGAUAGUGAAACAGAUUCGACAAACUUUUGCCAAUACUAAGGAAUGGUGACGAUCUGUGAAGGAAAAAACAUUCUAAUUGUGUGUUCUUAUGAUCACCUACGUUCAUCACCUAGCGACACUAGAAUGCGAUAAUUGCAUGUUUUUCCGCGUUAAUUAGAUGCAGCUGCUAUUAUUUGUUAAUGUGGUUGAUUUGUUGUGUAGAAAACAUCAGAGUUUAUGGGCAAGGCUGUUUACCACCAUCUAUUCGUAGCAAUUAAACCCAUUCUGUCGGAAGAAACUGUUUCAUGCCAAAAACCCUGAUAAACUUUAGCUCUUCGGUAAACGAAAGCAGGUCUUGGCUAUAAAUUUGAAGAGUGAGAGAGAUAGCCGACUACGCUGGGUAGUAAAUAAUUUUAUUUGGUAUUUCUAUUUACACCGGAAACAAUUUCGCAUUUUUCUAAUUUAGGGAUCGUGGAAGCAGAUUCACGAAUUUACAUAUUGUUUCUUUAAAGCUAAAAUACUUCACCUAGACUCAACGUAGGCAAAUAUUUGAGGUGAUAAAUGUAAGAUUUUUUUAAAGCUAAGGAUAUAUCUCGAACGUUCACCAUGUUGUCAUGGUCGGAUUCCGAUCACUAAGAUGUGGAACUAGAGGAUUGCUCUUCGGAAGAGAUGGGAGAAGAUAUCGAUACUUUUGCAUCAUGAUGAAGUCUUGUGUGUUUGUAAUGUGCGCGUGUUUUGUGUUGGUAACUAUGGCUAAUCCUGUAGACAAAAGUCUAUUACAGACAAUACCAACUGAGAAUUCUCUGGGACAUGUCCCGUCUAGGUUGGAAUUAGCUUCUAAACACAAUCCCCGACAUGGCCGAGUAUUACAGCGAUCGGAUUACUACGAUUCCAUACCGAAAAGUCCAUUGCUAGUGGAAAAUGGAGAGAAGAAAUCCGUCGAUAACAAUGAGAAGGCUAUUUAUGUUGACGAUGAUAACCAAGUAUUGUAUCUCGAUUCACCCGAGCAGGCUUUCACGCAGUCAAACAGACCCCAUAUAGACAGCUCAAAUAAUAGAAAAACAUCGGUUACAGCUACAAAGAGACUUCCACAAGCUUUAAUUAUCGGGGUAAAGAAAGGUGGAACACGGGCCUUAUUGGAGUUUUUAAGGAUUCACCCUGAUGUACGAGCCCCGGGCCCAGAACCCCAUUUCUUUGAUCGACAUUAUGAUAAAGGACUUGAGUGGUACAGGGAUCAGAUGCCAUCGACGCUGGAAGGUCAGAUAACCAUAGAAAAAACUCCAUGUUAUUUCGUCACAAAAGAGGUUCCGCAAAGAAUUUAUAACAUGUCUAAAGAUAUCAAACUUAUCAUUGUUGUAAGGGAUCCUGUGACUCGUGCAAUAUCAGACUAUACCCAAGCGGCAACAAAAAGACCGGCAAUGAAGCCGUUUGAGAAAAUGGCUUUUAUAGACAAUACAUCGAGAAUCGUCGACACCAAAUGGGCUGCGGUUAAAAUCGGUGUUUACGCUAAACAUUUAGAAAAAUGGUUAAAAUAUUUUCCUCUCCGUCAAAUUCAUUUUGUGAAUGGUGAAACACUUAUUUCAAAUCCAGCCGGCGAAAUGGCCAAGGUGCAGGAUUUCCUAGGAUUAAAGCGAAUCGUCACAGAUAAACAUUUUUACCUAAAAGAUAGUCGAGGUUUUCCUUGUCUUAAAAAGCGACCGGGUAGUGGGAGACCCCAUUGUUUAAGAAACAAUAAAGGCAGAACUCACCCUCAUGUGGAUCCAACAGUGCUUAACAGACUCAGGGAAUUUUUCAAGCCAUUUAAUUCAAAGUUUUAUCAGAUGACUGGUAUUAAUUUCCGUUGGUCAUGAUUUGUGACUGAAUAAAAAUACUUAAAUAAUUGUGAUCGAUCUGUGAUGGUGCCGACUGGAGAAUAACGGACAUGUAGGGUCGUUGCUCGAUGUAAACAGACAUUGGUCAUUUGAAGGUGGCCAAGGCUCAUCGAAUGCAUUAAUGACAACUCUAAACAGAAAUCCUACAUAAAUGUGCAUGUUAUUGCUGCUACAACAAAUCUUAUGUAAUGAAUCUAAAUGUGCCUAUACCUAGAUCGGCAUGGUCAUGCAAAAUGUUACAUGUAAAAACUAAUUGUGAUGUACAUGUUUGAUCAUUAAUAUUUAAGUAAUUAGUUUGUCUGUUCGACAGAUGUUCCUCGUGAACCAAGGGCGGACCUUACUUCAGCAGCAAUAAAAGAACAUGCCAUGUUGCAUAAUACAGUGGCUAUAGAUGAUUAACAAAUAUUGCCCCGUUAUAAAUUACAGUCUUUAUUAAUGACACACGUCCUGAUGAUAAAUGACGUGUUUCGUUAGUCAACACUAGUUACAGAUAUGUGGCUGCAAUUGUUCAUAGAGGGCGCCUUGAUGACAUGUUUCAACCAACCGUAGUUGAUGUUAGAUAAAUGAUGUAAACAUGAUCUGAAGGUUUGUUGACCAGACUUGCAAAGUAGACUUGGCGUAAUCCGAUUUCUUGACAUACUCGAAACAUUUGUUGUCAGCUAUUCACGCAAGAGAUAGUCUCGACCUAAAUUACGGUGCUGAAGACUAUCAGUAUGCAUUAUUACCGUACAUCGCGCGUGGCUGCCUAUCAAACAUGGCAGUUGACGUAUUUACGGGAGUUCCUCACGUGGUAUGUCGUAAAACCUGCUGUGGUGUAAAAGUUUACAACUUCGAGGUGUUAAGAUUAGUCAUAUGGUAGAAAAUUAUGGACAUAUUUUAACAUCAUUACCCAUUUUAACAUAAACAAAACUUCUGCAUAUUUAUGUGAUAUUAUUUGGAGUUUUUGUCAUGUAUAACGGUAUCUUAGUAAAAAAAAUAACCGAAUGAACUCAUUAUAACGCCACAGAAAUCGUAUAUUAGUCUUAAUACAUGUAUAAAUAUUUUCAAUGAUCGGAUAAAUAUAAAGUAAGAUCACAGCAAUAAUCCUUGGUGUCAAUAAUAAGUUUACCACCAUAAUGACUACUAGAAUUAGAAGCCAGUAGAUAAACAUCCCUUCCUUUCUGUGUUUUUACUCUUGUUAUUUAUGGUGGGCACACGUGGUAUAGACGUUCAUGUACUAAGUGACAUUAUGGUUAUAGUAGCUUCAUGACACUGAGAUUCUAAGCACAGAAUUUGUUGUAAAAUAUAAAUCCGCUUCUGCUAAAUAUACUUCAGAGUUAAAAUGGAAGUACUGAUCCGAUGUCCAUGUAUAACACAUUCAUCUAAAGCUCUCAGAUCUACAAUGAUUGCUCUUCUGUCUUUGUAGCUGUUGAUAAAUGUUUUAAUUAAUGGGAUAUCUUGAUUUACAUAUCUGGGUAUACAUUGUAUAAAAUACUAAUAUCUUGCCCAGCAUUCGAGUCCCAUGCUUCCCUGUACUAAAAUGCUCACAUUACGUAUUGAUUGUGAAUAUUGAAAUGUUAAGCAUGUAGUCGGAGAUACCACACUAGAAAAUAUUUCUGGAUAUGAUGAAAGUGUUUGAUAAUUGUAAUGGUUAUUUAUUAUAUUAUGCAAAAAUUAGAAAUCAAAAUAAUGUACAUAUUAUGCACAAAGCAGACACAAACUCUUCUCAGAUCCAAUCUAAACUUCUUGUACAAAAAAUAACUGCAUUUGAUAGUAGAUUUUUAGUAGAAAGCGAACUUUUUGCAGUAGUGCUUGUCGGGUUAAUAUCCGUUAUUUAGGAUGAGUAAAUUCUGAAGAAUGAAAUAUAAAGGAUGAAGGCUUUCUAGAAUACCGGAUGUCGCGUUUAAUUUGUUUGGGAGACUGGCAUGGGCGGACACUGCUCGGUCCGUUAUUUUGAAUAAAAUGCUGACCAGUUUCAACUUUGUGUUUUGCAAGUGCCAACAAGAAAUGAACUUAAGGCACGGAAACGUUCCAAAUAUUAUAGAGACACAGUACAACGUUACUAAACUAGAAAGCCCGGAAUUUAGUUGAGUGAAAAUGUCCAAUAAACUGGAUCUGAGAAUAUUUUAGGUCUUAGACUUUUUCGUCAGAUAUGUGUGUAAAAUGUAUAUUUGUUUGUACAUAGCUCACCUAAAAUGUGAUACGUUAUCACCAUAUACAUAUAUAUAUGUACAUAUUGAUAGUAUCUAUUGUUAUAUUAAAAAUAUAUAUCAACGAGAAACAAAAUAAAUCAAAUAUUAUUUUCUAUUAAA